AUGUCUUUUUAUAUCUAAAGGCUUAUAAUAUAAAGAAUAAUUAAAAUAUGUUUAACUUAAGAAGGAAAUCCAAACAGAGUUGAAUUCGAUUAAGAAUUAAUAAGAAAACUCUAUGAUCUCUUAAGAGCUAACAAAGCCUGUUUAACUAAGGGCAUUGAAAUCAGACCACUAUUUAUAUUCAAGUCUUGA